AUGAGUAAAGCUAAUAAGAAACGAGAAGGUUGCACAUUGACUCUUGCACUAACUGUGUGCUCUGCAGCCAUUGGUGGCACUUUUCAGUAUGGCUACAAUAUUUCAAUCAUCAAUGCACCCACAUCUCACGUGCAGAAGUUUAUUAAUGAGACAUGUAUGAAGAGAUGGGGUACAGCUCUUGAGUCCAGUCAGGUGACACUGAUAUGGACCAUUAUAGUCUCUACUUUCUCACUUGGAGGACUAUUGGGAUCCCCGCUCGCUGGCCCAAUGGCCAUUCACUUUGGACGGAAGGCAUCUCUGCUACUGAACAGCUGCUUUCUUUUUUUAUCUUUUCUGGCUUUGAGUAGUCGCUAAGCUGGAUCCUUUGAAAUGCUCAUCCUUGCUCGUCUACUUGUGGGAGUCAGUGCUGGAGUUAGUAUGAAUAUCCAGCCUAUGUACUUUGGAGAGAGCACACCUAAGAACCUAAGAGGUGCUGUAGCCUUUUCCUCCGCUGUUUUUACCGCUCUAGGUAUCUUGUUGGGCCAGAUCACUGGUCUGACAGAAUUCCUGGGGAGCGAGUCUCUCUGGCCAUAUCUGCUGGCAAGCAGUGCUCUCCCUGGUGUAGUGCAGAUGCUCGCCUUGCCCUGGUUUCCAGAGAGCCCACGAUACCUGCUCAUUGACAGAGGAAACCAAGAGGCAUGUGGCAGAGCCUUGAAACAGCUUCAAGCAUGAGUGGUCACAGGGUUUCUUCCUGCUGAACUGUUUGACCAAAUGGCAAGGUCUGUGGCUUACAUGAUUGCUGGCUCCAUGAUGUGGAUUAAUCUCUUCCUUAUAGGAAUGGCAUUCUCAUUCAUAGUUAACAGCCUGGGACAGCUCUGCUUCAUCCCCUUCAGUGGCGUUUGUGUGACUGCAUGUCUUUUCAUUGGUUUCACUUUACCUGAAACUAAAGGGAGGACUCUAGCAGAGAUCACUGAGGAGUUUGACAAGCUAAAUAGGAAAGUCACGACUAAUGGACUUUCUAAUGAUGGACAGCAUGAGCAGACCCAAAGCCUGACUGAUCAAACACUAGAAUACCUGGAGAUCGAAAAGAUUUGA